CGCAAACAAACAUGGCGACGCGCUGCACCGGCGCCGCUUUUCUGGCCGUGUUUGCGGUGAUUUCGUCCGUUUUAGUCGCUUUCUGUGCCGCCGGUUCGGGUGUGACUCUCCCGGCCGUGUCUCUGGCCGUGGUGGCCGGGCUGGUGUCGCUGUGGUUGAGGCGGCGGGACGGAGGGACCGACCGGCGGGUUUGUGUUCUGGUGUUGGGGGACUUGGGUCGCAGUCCUCGGAUGCAGUAUCACGCUCUGUCCCUCAGCAAACACGGAUAUCAUGUGACUUUUGUUGGGUUUUUAGAUACAAAACCUCAUCAAGACGUUCUGAGAGAGAAGAACAUUAAGAUGGAGCCGAUAACAGAAGUCAGAGGUGUUAAAGUUGGACCAAAGAUCUUUACGUACGUGACGAAGGUGAUUCUUCAGAGUCUGCAGCUCCUUCAUGUGCUGCUGACGAUGGAGACACAGUCUCAUAUACUGAUGCAGAAUCCUCCUGGGCUGCCCAGCAUCGCGGUGGCUUGGCUCGUGUGCGUCCUUCGUGGCAGCAGAUUCGUCAUCGACUGGCACAACUACGGCUUCACCAUCAUGGCCCUGAGCCUCGGAGAGACGCACCCACUGGUCCGACUGGCAAAAUGGUACGAACACUUCUUCGGUCCUCUGGCUGCUCACCACCUGUGUGUCACCGAGGCGAUGAAGGACGACCUGCAGAAAAACUGGGGCAUCAGGGCGACGACGCUGUACGACCGACCGGCCUCCGUCUUCAGAGAGACUCCUCUGAAGCUGCAGCACGAGCUCUUCAUCAGACUGUCCAACACUCAUCCUCAGUUCAGGAGCAGCUGGUCUGAGGAUGAGAAGGAGGAGAAGGAGAAGGUGGAGAGGACGGUUUUCUCAGUUUGUGACCUCACUGAUGACACGGUGACUUUGAGGGCGGAGCGACCGGCGCUGCUGCUCAGCAGCACCAGCUGGACAGAGGACGAAGACUUCUCCGUCCUCCUGAAGGCUCUUGAAGAAUACGAAGGUUUCAUCAAAGGAGGAGCUUCUCUGCCGUCUUUAGUCUGUGUGAUCACAGGUAAAGGUCCUCAGAAGGAUCACUACAAGAAGCUGAUUGACUCUCUGCAUUUGGAUCAUGUGGAGAUCUGCACUCCGUGGCUGGAGGCCGAAGAUUACCCCGUUUUAUUGGGUUCAGCAGACCUUGGUGUUUGUCUCCACAAGUCAUCCAGCGGUCUGGAUCUCCCCAUGAAGGUGGUCGACAUGUUCGGCUGCUGUCUGCCCGUCUGUGCCAUCAACUUCAACUGUUUACACGAGCUGGUGAAGCACGAGGAGAACGGACUGAUCUUCAGAGACUCUGAGGAGCUCGCUGAGCAGCUGAAGUCUCUCCUCUCAGAGUUUCCCAGUUCGGAUGGCAGACUGGGAGAGUUCAGGAGGAACCUCCGAACCAGCAGAGGACAGUGCUGGGACGACAACUGGGACCAGAACGUCCUGCCUCUGAUCACAGCUCCAUGAUGGAGA